AUGCGCCGAGACAUCCUGAUGAGGGACUACAACUUCUUCUGCGAGUGUGAAGGAUGUCUUGACGAAGAGAGGAACGAACGAAUGGAAGGAUGGCAUUGUGAAGAAUGUCAGGAUGGCUGGUUACGACAAAGUGAACAAGCGAAAUGCACUCGGUGUGGUUGGGAGAUAUCAAUGGAUCAUUACGAGCUCUGCCGUAUGGCUCAAGAAACAGCUAGAUCUGGCAACGAGUUUCUGUUGAAGAGUCAUAUAAAAUUACAAGAUAGGGUCGAACUCGCAUGUAGGAUAUUUCCCAUUCUCGAAGGAACUCUGUACAAAUUUAAUGUGCUGCGCAUUCCAAGCCUUCGAGUACUGUUCGAGAACGCUGUCUGCGAAAAGAACACAGAGGAUAUACUGAAGUAUGGAUAUGAUCUGUUGAGAAUACAACAACAGUAUCAAAGCAAAGACGACUUGGCGCUUUGUCAUCUGAAGUACGGGUUGGCACAGGCUCAUAAAUUGGCCGGGGAUCAUGACAAAUGCAAACAACUGCUUGCUGAAGUCAAAGAGGUGCACAGUUCUUCUUCAGAGUGUGUAGUUUUGAUGUCGGUCGAUUUUGGCUGGCGUCGUUUCAACUUCUUCGACAAGAACAUUGUAAAUGAUCCAGAAAAUCCAGAGGAAAAGUUUCUGGGCCUGAAGGAUGUCUGUGUAGAUUGCUGGUGUAGCAGCAUUAAUGGGGAAGCUGCUUAUCUCGGCGAACAACGGGGUGGAGUGUUCCGACUGGGACGAGGACUGGAUGAAAACUACUGGAAGGCGUAUCAAACGUCUCUUACCGCGCUGCAUGUUGCAGAAGAGUUCAUAUUCUCAAUUGGGGAAGAUGAAGAGGGAACGAAUUCGAUGCUGAAAAUUUGGAAGGGAGACUGCUUUGAAAAAGGAGUUCCAGUUCUUUGUAGGGAGAUUCGAAUCAGCACGGUUCAUCCGUCCUCACACUACUCCGUAGCUGCUUGUGCUGUUGCAGUACAUUCCACACUCUCUGCAAUUGUUAUAGGUUUCGUUGAUGGGACCGUGUUACUCUACCAAGGCAACGUGAUCAAGGAUAAGGCCCUAACUUCGCGAUGGCAACGCAUUCGUGAUCCGCUACCUCUGGAUGGAUGUGUGUCUGGACUUGCUCUCGCACAACUACCUGGAGAAAAAUUGGUGGUAUUUGUGAUCACCACGAAAGUCGUCAAUUCAUACGUCAUUGAAAACAAAACUGUGAUAAAUUCGGUACGGCUUUUAUGUUUCCUUCAAUGUCAGCUCUUAAGAAACCUGAUUUGCAAGGAAGUAUAG